UUUUCUUAAUUUUAAGUUUAGUGCCAGUAUUAUUUAGCAAUAAUGAGUCCGUUAGUGAAUGCCUGUUUGGGAGUAGUGUUAAGUUUAUUUAUUGUUGUUGGAGAUGCGCAGGUGUUGAAAGCUGGAGCGUAUGACACUACGCCCCAACUAAUCGCGGCCGCCGGCUACCCAGUGGAGAAGCACCGGGCGCGCACCGAAGACGGCUACAUCCUGCAACUGCACCGGAUCCCGGCCGGGCGCAGGUCGGCUCGAAGGACCAGUGCGGGGGGGAAGGGGAAACGGGCCGUGCUGCUCACACACGGGCUGUUAGGGAGCAGCGGGGACUUUGUGCUGAUGGGGCCUGAUCGGAGCUUAGCAUACAUGCUGGCUGAUGCCGGCUACGACGUGUGGAUGGCCAACCUUCGAGGAAACGCGUACACCGCUCACCAGACCUUGAAGAAAACUGAUGCCCAGUUCUGGGACUACAGUUUCCACGAGCACGGAAAAUACGACCUCCCAGCUACCAUAGACAAGAUCCUGAACGUGACAGGGCUUGACAAGAUAAUGUACGUGGGCUACUCCAUGGGAACCACCAGUUUCUUCUCUAUGGUUGCUCAGAGGCCCGAGUACAAUGACAAGAUCGUCGCCUUCGUCGCCAUGGCGCCUGCAGUGUACAUGGAUAAUAUUAGAGAGGUGGCCACAUUCUUUUUGAAGACUUUAAAUCCUAGCACAAUGAAGUCGGAAGGCAUAUACUACUUCACGAUCCCGAGUGACGUGCGCGAGGCCAUGAUCAACGGCAUCUGCAACGCGCGGCGCUCGGAGCAGGACGUGUGUCUGCGAUUCAUCUACGGCUUCGUCGGCGAGGACUACGAGCAGAACGACUGGGAUAUAUCGCCGCUCAUGAUGGCUAGGUUCCAGCCCGCCUCGUGGGGACAGCUCGAGCACUUCGGGAAGGUGGCACUGACAGGAGUGUUCACAUCUUUCGACGGGGGGUUGUCGACGCCACCGAAACCUUAUGACUUGAAGAAUGUCAAAGUGCCUGUAUUACUGCUAUAUGGGGAGAACGACCAAUUAACGCAUAAAUCGCAAGUGGCGCGGCUGGCCCGGGAGCUCAACUCCACAGGUGUGCUGGAAGACAUGAAGCCCGGCUGUCUCUGGCCGAAGCUCAACCACCUCGACUUCACGUUCGCGCGAGACGUCGGGAAGAUGAUCAACAAGCCACUGCUGCACUCGAUACAACAGCUCUACAAUAAAUACGAUCCCUAGCAGCCUAGUCAAGA